AUGGUGAGAGGUGAUGAUCAUCUUGAGCUUUUGCGUCGAGAGAAAAGGUCGUUUGAUAUUUUAUCUCUAGCGACGGAGAGAAUAAUUAGAGCUUUUAGCUAUGAGGAAGAAGGAGAAACAUCCACUGGUGUUCUUGCUACUGUGAAGGAUAACACGAGAAAGAGAACGAGGACAACGAUGUGCUCCAGCUCGGGCAAACGACAGAAGAUGAUGAUUGGUAAGUGCAAGAAUCAAUACCCUAAAAAACAAAACCUUAAUCGUGAUGCUUGUUCUCUAAGCUUGUGCCAUGUAGAGUCCAAGAAGCGUGGACAAGUGGUCUCCAAGAAGAAGGGCAUAGUAGAUAUGGACUUUCUGAAUGAGGAUGAGUUGGAAAUCAUAGACAAACAUUUCAGAAAGAAGAUUAAAAAAGGAGUGGACUUUACCUUGGUGGAUUCUAAUGGUAAAAAAUGGGGGCUUAACCUCAGGAGAUGGGAUAUGAGGUCCAAUUCCAACUACGCCUUGGCUUCAGGGUGGAACAAAGUUGUCGCCGGUAACAGACUAGAGGAAGGCCAGACGCUUCAGAUUUGGUCCUUCCGCAAAGUGGAGAACAAGGUUGUGGCCGGUGUGGAUCGCACCACAGACGAGCUCUAUGUUGCUUUUGCUCCUCUGGAUCCAGCUACAUCUCCAGCUCCAGCUCCCGCUUUGUCUCUGUCUCUAGCUCUGGUUACGGAUCCAGCUCCAGCUCCGGCUCCCGUUCUGUCUCUAUCUCUGGCUCUGGUUAGGGAUCCAACUCCAGUUGUUACAAGGGAUUCCGACGAACUAUAUAUAUCUAAAGCUGAGGCGGCUCAAGAAGAGAACGACAGAAUAUUUCCAAUUCCAGAGAAAAAUUUGGAGGGGCUAAAUAUGUUGGUUGAAGUGUGUGAGAAGGCGACACAUCUCGAGGCUUUACAAGAGGCAAAUAGGAGGAGCUCACUGGCCUCCAUCACAGAGCUGGACCUCCAGAGGAGCUCACUGGUCAGCGACACAGAGCUUGACCUUGAGCUCCGGUUGUGA